CUCUCUCAUCCUCCCCUCACUCCAUGCCCAGGUCUGACUCAGGCUACAGUAGCUGCAGUGCAGCCGAGCUCUCUCUCCCCGGGGCACCUUAAUGCCUGCCGGUGUUUGGCACUCACACACACAGGUGCCCAGGGACACACAGGGGGGGUGGUGGCAGUGACGAUGCCCACCCCAUGAGCAUGGUGGCCCUCCUGGCACAAUGACGGUCCCUUUAUUGAAAAUCGGGGCCGUGCUCAGCACUAUGGCAAUGGUCACCAACUGGAUGUCACAGACAUUGCCCUCCCUCGUCGGUCUCAACGGCACCAGAGCUGGCACUUCGGAGAAAAUUACUCUCUUCCCCAGUCCUGAAGAUGGGUGGCAAAUUUACACAUCAGCUCAAGCCCCAGAUGGCAAGUGUAUAUGUACAGUGGUGGCCCCGGCACAAACCACCUGUUCCAGGGACCCGCGGAGUCGGCAGCUGCGUCAGUUGAUGGAGAAGGUACAGAAUAUUUCUCAGUCUAUGGAGGUUCUGGACCUGAGGACAUUUAGAGAUCUUCAGUAUUUACGGAACACUGAGUCAUUAAUGAAAGUUUUGGACACCAAGCUGAGGGCCACGGACAGCCAGAGAAAUAUUAAUGCCAAAAGCUUCCAGGAGCUGAAGGAUAAGAUGAAACAGCUCUUGCCGUUAAUUCCAGUUCUUGACCAAUAUAAGUCAGACACCAAGAUGAUCGUCCAGCUGAAAGAGGAGGUGAGGAACCUCUCCAACGUCCUCCUACUGAUACAGGAAGAAAUGGGGGCCUACGAUUACGAGGAGCUACAGCAAAGGGUGAUGAUCCUGGAGGCCAGGCUACACGCCUGCAUGCAGAAGCUAGGUUGCGGAAAGCUCACAGGCGUCAGUAACCCAAUCACAGUACGUGCCUCAGGGUCCAGAUUUGGGUCUUGGAUGACCGACACCAUGGCUCCAAGUGCUGAUAACAGGGUUUGGUACAUGGACGGCUACUACAAAGGCCGCAGGGUCCUAGAAUACCGAAGCCUAAAUGACUUCAUCAAAGGCCAGAACUUUGUCCAACAUCUUCUUCCACACCCUUGGGCUGGCACUGGCCACGUCGUCUACAACGGUUCCCUGUACUACAACAAGUACCAGAGCAACAUCGUGGUGAAGUACCACUUCCGGUCACGAAGCGUCUCCGUCCAGAGAAGCCUUAGCAACGCCGGCUAUAACAACACAUUCCCAUACUCCUGGGGCGGCUUUUCUGACAUUGAUUUCAUGGUAGACGAAAAUGGACUCUGGGCAGUCUACACGACCAACCAGAAUGCUGGGAACAUUGUUGUCAGCAAGAUGGACCCUCAGACCUUGGAGAUCCUGCAGACGUGGGACACGGGUUACCCAAAGCGCAGUGCUGGAGAGUCGUUUAUGAUUUGCGGCACCCUCUAUGUAACUAAUUCUCAUUUGGCGGGAGCCAAAAUCUACUUUGCGUAUUAUACAAAUUCUUCUACGUAUGAGUAUACAGAUAUCCCAUUCCAUAACCAGUAUUCACACAUAUCCAUGCUGGACUACAACCCGCGCGAGAGAGUCCUUUACACUUGGAAUAAUGGUCACCAAGUCCUCUAUAAUGUCACUUUGUUCCAUGUGAUAAAGACUUCUGGGGAAUGA